AUGAAGAUUCCUACCGUCAUCAUCUUUGCAACCAUCGCCUCCGCUGGCUUUUUCGAUUUCCUUCUCAGCCCAUUCAUGGAGGCUCCCGAGGCCCUGCCUGAAUCCAAGGUCCCCAAUGGCUCCGCUCGCAACAACGAUGCCACAUUCGCCCCCGUUGAGAAAGCCCUCCUCGAAUUCAAGGGAGCAAUUAGUAUCUUCCCUUCGAAAAUCGGAAGCAGCAAUAUCGACCAAGCUCUUCUUAUUGCCAACUUCAACCCACUUCACGACCGUCUAAGAGAUUGCGCAGAAGCGAUUAAACGGUUGGAUACGUUUACCGACGCCGAUAUACAACAGCUUAUGCCCAUUAUCCGGAGCUUUGAAAAUUUAGGCAACCCUGUCCUAGAUGCUCUGAAAAAGGCCAAGGAGGCUAUUGUACAUUCUAGUGCUUGUGGAAGUAUUAGGCAGCAGAUUAUUGACCUUAACGAAGGAACUAAACUGCUCUCUAGGCUCUUAACCGAUACAUCGCCUAGAAAAUAUAUGCAGUCUGUUUAUGAAAGUUUUCGCCCAUUUACGAGCGACAUUUCUUCGAGCAUGGAAUUAUUUCAAUACGAGCAGAACUGCAGAGAUAUCCCUACCCAACCCGCCCCCCAAGGCAAGGCUCUGCCCGAAUCCGGGGACUCUCUUGCCUUUGCUAGCGACGAUAGUGCUCUCUUCGCCCCCAUUCGCAAGGCCCUAUACGAGUUCAAGCGGGCAAUUAGUAUCUUCCCUUCGGAAAUCAGGAGCCGCAAUAUGGACCAAGCUCUCCUUGAUGCUAGCUUCAACCCACUUCACGACCGUCUAAAAGAGUGCGCAGAAGCAAUCAACCGAUUGGAUAAGUUUACCGACGCCGAUGUACAAAAGCUUAUGCCCAUUAUCCGGAGCUUUGAAAAUUUAGGCAACCCUGUCCUAGAUGCUCUGACAAAGGCCAAGGAGGCUAUUUUACAUUCUAGUGCUUGUGGAAGUAUUCAGAAGCAGGUUAAUGACCUUAACGAUGGAACCAAAUUGCUCUCUAGACUUUUAAUCGAUAAAUCGCCUGGAAAAUAUAUGCAGUCUGUUUAUGAUAGUUUUGUUCGGUUUACGACUGGCAUUUCCUCGAGUAUGGAAUUGUUUCGGUUCGACUGCAUACCCAUCCCCACCCCAUUCGAACGUGUUCGCAAGGCCCUACAUGAAUUCGAGGGGGUAAUAAGUAUCUUUCCUUCGAAACUCGGAGACAUUCGGCCUAUGAGGCACGCUCCCCUCGACAAUCUAUUCGGUCUAGUUCUUGAGCCUCUAAAAGAGUUGAUAGAAGGGCUUAUUCGAUUGUCUGACUUUUCUGAGAAUGAGACGAAAGAGGUUCUAGCGAUUAUCCGGAGCCUCGAAAAGCUGGGCACCUCUUUCCUAGCUGCUCUUACUGAUUCUAAGGAGGAUAUUGUAAAGGCUGGAGCUUCUGAAACCGCCGCAGAUGAGCUUAUGAACAUUGGCUCAGCAUCUACUUGGAUCGCCCAACUUUUGACUUCAAAGGUACCUAAAGAGUCCAAGAAAACCGUUUCCGAAACAUACGGGCAGUUUUCAGAUAUUCUGAAAAAAUGCCGGGAGCUGUUCAAGACUGAAAAGACCAACGGCGGUACAUCGGAAUCUACGAAACCUAUACCGGCGGCAACCGAAGAAGAUUUAUUUACGUUGCCAAUCCCGGAUGACAAGGUGCAUCCUAAUGUUCGCUUCACGGGGAAGAUUAUGAACAUGUUUGCGAAGAAGAUUUUGCGUCUGAUGUCAUGA